CCGCGUAGUCACACGCGCGUAUCCGCGACGCCGGAAUGAUCUCAGCCACGAUCGCGACGUGCCGCGCGGCGCCGGCGACCUCGGUACCGCGAUCCCGAGCCGCCGCCCGCGCGGUCCCCUCGGCGAUGCGCCCCGCGCCGACGGCAAUCUCCAGAUCUCGAGUCGCCGCGCGAUCGGCGCCCGCGUUCAGGGAGGCGCGUCGCGUCCGCGGCGCCGCACUCCUCGCGCGCGCGUCCAAGGGCGACAGGGUAUCCAUCGGUGACAUGAAGAAGGCCCUCGUGGCCGCGGGCGUGGACACCAGCUCGUGCUUCGAGCGAGCCGAUCUCGAGGCCAAGUACGCCCUCCUCACCGACGAUCAGAAGGCCAUGAAGGGAGGAGGCUCAUCAGGGGCGUCGGCGGGCUCCGGCUCCGGGGCAUCGUCCUCAUCGACCCAGCAGCAGGAGCAGCAGCGAGCGUCGUCGUCCUCCUCCUCCUCCUCUUCAUCAUCAUCGUCUUCAUCCACCUCCUCCUCCUCCUCCUCCUCCUCCUCGUCCUCGGAGACGAAGAAGGACUCGGGCUCGGGCUUCGACCCGAGCAAGGUGUUCCAGUCCGUCCUCAACACCAUCCGCGAGACCGCAAACAGGGUCGACGUCAAGUGGGGCGUCGGCGCCAAGCUCAGGGAACAGACGAAGGGGUUCAGAGACGCAAUCGUGAACCUCGACGAGAAGCUCGGCGCCACCGCGUUCGUCAAGAGAGUCGCGCCGCCCGCGUGGGCGGAGGUGCAAAAGUUCCGCGCCACGCCGCUGGGCAGGAUCGCAAACUCCGUCUUCUUCAUCUGGCUCUUCUUCUCCGGGUUCUUCUGGACCCUUGUCACGCUCGGAAUCACCGGCGUGUUCCUCACCAAUCUGCUCUUUCCCAACUUUUUCGCCGAGAGGGCGCAGAAGAUGCAAGCCGAGGCGCAGGCGCGGUUCCGCGAGCAGCAGGCCGCCGGCAUGGGCGGCAUGGGCGGUAACCCCUACGGAGGCAUGGGCGGCAUGGGAGGCAUGGGAGGCAUGGGGGGUAACCCCUACGGCGGCAUGGGAGGCAUGGGAGGCAUGGGAGGCGGCGGCGGCACGGGCGGAGGUUCGAGCUCCGCCGGCCGGAAGAGCUACGGGUCCGGGGACGUGUUCGACGUCGACGCCGACGUCAAGGACGCGUGAGAGUCGAGUCCACGGGAUGGGCUAAACUUAGUGAUGUGUGUCGUUGAGUCGUUUACUCGUGCGUU